AUGACGUGGGGACCCUGCGGGUUGAAAGAACUGACUCAAUUGCAAAACGUCUUGAAAGAGGACGGCAUUCGUCUGCACGUCUACUACCAUCAUUUGCAAUGCGUGGGAUUCGCCGGUCCGUGGGAAGAGUUUGCGCCUCGAGGACCCCGCCACGACAUCUAUCUGUUCCAUCACGACGACCAUUACGACGUGAUCCGUAGCAUGACGGGGUUUCUGGGACGGAGUUAUUACUGUUUCAAGUGGGAUGUCGGAUAUCAAUGCAAAACGAAACACAAGUGUCACCCCAUCUGUCGAUGUUGUUAUUUUGACAAAGAUCAAUGCGUGCCGGACGAGKAAGAGGUCAAGACGUGGACCACGUGCGAUCGGUGCCAUCGCGUUUUCAAAGGCGAACGAUGUUAUGCYAAYCACCUUCAAGCUCUUCCUCACCGUGAYAAGAAACAGACGCUGGUUUACAGCACGUGCAAGCGGUAUCAAAAGUGUCCCGAUUGUGCCAAAGUGAUCGAUGUUCUAAAUAAGAAAAAGAAGGCCUUUCGCCAACCAGACCAACGAAACCUCGACGACCACGUGUGCGGUGAAGUGUACUGUUCUUAUUGUAAGAAGACGGGACCCAAGCACUGGUGUUACGUUCAGCCUGUCAUGGAUCAAAAGUGCGGAGAAUGCGGAGAAUGGGUCACGUUUCCUCAUUCGUGUUCUGGAGAAGAAUGCACCUACGACGAUMAAACGGAAGUGCGGUAUUUGUUCUUCGACGUGGAAACGAUGCCCGGCGAGGAGGUCCACGAAGUCAAUCUGGUGGUGGCUCACAAAGUCUGUUCGCAGUACCUGCACGACGAAACGAUCGAAUGCUCGGUGUGCCAGGACCGUCGGCGCGUGUUUCGAUCGCGAGACGAGUUUUGCCAGUGGUUGUUCCGACCCGAACAUCGAGGCUUCACCGUCAUGGCUCACAACUUCAAAGGGUACGACUCGUACUUUUUGCUCGAGUACCUGUGYGCUCGUGGAGAACGACCCGAGGUGACRUUUCGCGGUGCCAAACUCUUGUACAUGGUCCUGAAACGACUCGACAUGAAAUUCAAAGAUUCUUUGUGUUUUCUCCCUAUGGCGUUGCGAAAGUUUUCCAAGACGUUUGGUCUGGCAGAAGAAAAAGGUCAUUUCCCCCACUUUUUCAACCGCCCCGAAAACCAAGACUACGUGGGACCUAUGCCUCCCCUCGAAACCUACGGUGUGGCUUCCAUGGACCCCAAGUCGGCWCAGGAACUUCGAUCGUGGUACGCCGAUCAGCAGGGGAAAACGUUCGAUUUUCAGAAAGAGUUGGAGUACUACUGCGAGAAAGACGUGGAGCUGUUGAAACGAGGCGUGUUGGAAGCGCGUCGUAUCUUCCUGGAGACGGCCGGGUUUGAUCCGUUUCACGAGUGCAUCACGCUAGCUUCGUCCUGCAUGCGAGCGUACCGGAGAAAUUUCAUGUCCAAGGACUCGAUUGGAAUCGUGCCUCACGAAGGAUACCGGGGUCUCGUCCAACAAUCGCGUAAAGCCAAACGAUGGUUGUAUUGGUUGCAAGUCCGGGAACGCGACCUCCGUCUCCAGUCGUGCUUGUCUCGUCUCCCUAAGGCGAAAAAGUGGUGUUCGGAGCUCCCGUCGACGGAUACGAUGCCGCCACUCAAACCGUGUACCAAUUCCAUGGAUCGUCGCACGACGGUGUUGCGUUCCGGCGGAUACCGCGUGGUGGAGAUGUGGGAACAUACGUGGGACGCACUCGAUCCCCCACCUACUAUUCCCGAUUGGAUAUCGUACUCGGACCCGUUGGAACCUCGUGAUGGGUUGUUUGGAGGUCGUACCAAUGCUCUACAAUUGUACUACGAAGCCCAAGAMGACGAGACCAUCCAUUACGUGGAUUUCACGUCGCUGUAYCCGUCGGUGAUGCGUCAAGGUGGAGCCCGUGGGUCACCCCGAGAUCGCCCUUCGGUCCGUAGACUUUUCUCUUCUCAACGUGGAAGAUUACUACGGAUUGAACAAAGUCAAAGUGCUHCCACCUCGAGAUCUGUACCUUCCCGUGCUUCCCAUUCACUUGAACGGYAARYUGAUGUUUGUGUUGUGCCGAACGUGUGCCGAAAAGCUGAAUCAGACGUCCAAGUGUCGUCACAAUUCCGAAGAGCGUGCCGUGGUCGGCGUGUGGACCACCCCCGAAUUGAAGAAAGCUCUUCAGCUCGGUUACAAGAUUCUCGACGUCUACGAGAUCUGGCAUUACCCCCAAACGUCGACGACCCUGUUUGGAAACACAUUCGAGUCAAUCCCGGAUUGCGAGCUCUUGCCAAAYUGUUCUUGAACASUCUGUGGGGAAAAUUUGGUCAGAAUCCGUUUCUCCCCUCUACCGAGUACGUGGAUUCCCCGAAGCGAUUUGCCGAAUUGAUGUUUGGAGGUCAAGUGGACGUCAAACAYCUYCUGUUGAUCACCGACAAUUUGGUGCAACUGCAGUACGACAAGAAAGACGAGUUUAUCCGAUCCAGUCCGUUUGCCAGCGUGGUGCAUGCUGAUUUCGUCACCUCGUUUGCCCCAUUGCUGUUGUACGACAUGUUGGAGCGUGUGCAAGAACGUGCCUUGUACUUUGACACCGAUUCUCUGAUCUACGUCACUCGUUCAGGAGACACGCCACUCCCUUUGGGGGAUUACUUGGGAGACUUGACGUCGGAAUUACCACCUGGGGACUCYAUUCAGACGUUCGUGUCGACGGGRCCCAAGAGUUACGGUUACCGCACUCGUCAAGGUCACACCGACAUCAAGUGCAAGGGAAUUCCCUUGAAUCUGACAUCGUCUGAAAAGGUCAAUUUCGAAUCCAUGGUGUCCUUGGUGCACGGUGUGGAAACGGAGAUUUGCGUCACCUUACCCCACCACAUUCGUCGUGACCCGCUCYGACGUCAAMUGAAAACGGUCGAGUUGGAAAAAGUCUUUCAAGUCGUGUACGACAAACGCAUUCGUCGCGGUGUCAAGACGGUGUCUUACGGGUAUAUAGAUCCUCCACGACCUCAGUCUCACAAAAAUGCCUCCUACGGGACGCAUCUCUGA